AUGCAUUUCUCUUCUCUUUUGCUGGCAUCUGCAGCCAUCCUGCCUGCCUUUGGCUACAGUAUCAACGACUUCUCCUGUACCAGCACCGAGCACCCGAACCCCGUGGUGCUCCUACACGGUCUGGGUGCCACAUUCUACGAAGACCUGAACUAUCUGCAAUACUGGCUUCAGGCCCAGGGCUACUGCACCUACGCCAAGACCUACGGUGCAUACGAUGGAUUUCCCUUCCUCGGUGGGCUCAAGUCUAUCGCCGACUCCGCCCAGGAAAUCGCGGCGUAUAUCCGCGAGGUGAAGGAGGGGACCGGGGCCGAGAAAAUCGAUCUGGUCGGUCACUCUGAAGGUGCUUUCCAGACCCUCUACGUCCCCAAGUUCGAGGAUGGCAUCUCGGAGAUGCUCGACAAGCUGGUGGCCAUCGCGCCCCCCACAAGGGGCACCAACUUUGCCGGAAUCUAUGACCUUGCGUACGCUUUUGGGAACAUGUCGCGCGCCGCAGUUGGCGACAUCUUGGAUACCGUGGGGUGCGCUGCCUGUGACGAUCUGGGCCCCGAUGGAGCGGCAGUUGACCGCUUGAACGACGGAGAACCCAUUGUGCAGUCUGGGAACAACCUGACGGUUAUUGCGUCGCGGUUCGACGAACUGGUGACACCAACCACGACCUCCUUUGUCCACGAGGACGGCGUGACCAAUGAAUGGGUGCAGAGCACCUGCCCCCUGGAUCCCGUCGGCCAUAUCGGCGAGGCCUAUGAUCUAAACGUUUGGAACCUGGUCAAGAAUGCCCUGGACUCCACCCCGAAGCGUGAGUUCAUCUGCUUGCUGGGAUCUCCCGGAAAGUAG